UCAUUUCAGGCAGGCUUGGCUUAGGCCACAAGACAAACAUUAUAUAUAAGAAGCCUCCUCCUCUGUCUUGUCUCCAAACAUUCAAAAUUCUGAUAAUCUUUGUCGACAUCAACCAUGGCCGGAGGAACAGAAGCUUUUCCUGAUUUGGGAAAACACUGCCAACAUUCAGAUUGUCAUCAAUUAGAUUUUCUUCCCUUUAAAUGCGACGGUUGUCACAAGGUGUUCUGUUUGGAGCAUAGGUCAUAUAAGUCUCACAAGUGUCCGAAAUCAGAUCAUAAGAGCAGGAAGGUAAUUGUUUGUGAAACCUGUUUGACAUCAAUUGAGAUUACAGGAAAAGAGGAGGAGGAGAAGAUAAUGUUAGAGAGGCAUCACAAGUCUGGGAAUUGUGAUCCAACGAAGAAGAAGAAACCAACUUGUCCUGUUAGGAGGUGUAAAGAGACAUUGACAUUCUCUAAUACAACCGUUUGCAAGACUUGUCAAUUGAACGUUUGUCUGAAACACAGGUUUCCAGCUGAUCAUGCUUGCAAACCGGCUUCCACCGCACUAGCUGCAGCGGCUAAAGGAGGAUGGAAUGACAAGUUCUUGGCAGCAUUGGCUUCAAGGAAUGGGAAAGAUUGUGCCCAGAUAGACCGGCGGCCAUCACCACCUACUCCUUCUGUAAAGGCCUACUAGGACUUGCAUGGUUUUCCUUUUCCUUUUUUAAUGUAUAAUUUUACUUGUUUGGUUUUAAAAGUACUAAAAACUUAGAACCAUAAAACAAACUGAGCUAAACUCCAGAUUUAAGUUUUUUUAUUAUUU